UCUCUCUCUACCCCUGAAACAACUCAGUUGCUUAGCAUUGAUUUCUGUAAGAACGGACGGGUCAGAGAUGACAAAAUCACGAGUAAGAAAGACCGGGAGUAGGAUACCGCAAGCCUUCUGUGUUUAAUGUUAAAGGGUUAAAGGAAAGUUGGGCUCAUACAAAACGGGGAGACUGCGGAUCAGACUUGAACAACUGGGCAGCGCGGUUUUCCCUCUCCCAACUUCCGAGAGCGGUUUGACCACGCUUUGAGCUAGUGCAUGGUAAUUGUUUCGUCUUAUCACUGACUGGAGGGAUCACUCGCAGAGAGGGGAAGCUAUAUUAUUUUAAAAUAAUAGGAAAGAAAGAACUUCGCUGAAGGCGAUCUUUCAGUAAAAGUAGCCUAAUGGUUGCGCGAUAUAAAUCCGAGAAAGAGGUUCCCUUUUUUUAUUUUCUAUCACUUUUUUUUUGCAUAGUUUUUGGGGAUUGCUGGAAGCUGUAGCCCAUCUGAACCUGGAAGUGAAGAAUCCGCAUGGUGCUGCAACAGUGAAAGCUGAGAGUUCUACGGGAUUUCCUAACAGGUGAUACGUGAUGAUGGUGGAAUCGGCGAACGAGGCCGUCCGAACCGCCUCCUCCAAUCAGAACGGAGUCGGCGGCCCGGGCAGCCAAUCGGACGGUGGAGUGGGCGAGGGUGGGUCCAAGAGCGACGCCAAUGGAGAGACCGGCCCCCUGGAGCUGCUCCAGCUACAGCAGCAGCAGGCCCUUCAGGCUGCACGCCAUUUUCUCCUCCAGCAAGCCACUGGACUCAGCUCUCCCAGCAGCAAUGAAGUGAAGGUCCCUGUCUCCAUGGCAAUGAUGACCCACCAGUUGAUGGUGCCUCAGCUGCAGCAGAUUCUGGCCCCCCCACAGCUGCAGGCCCUCAUGCUACAGCAGGUGCAGGAAUACUAUAAGAAACAGCAGGAACAACUCCACCUUCAACUCUUAUCUCAGGGAGGAAAGCCGACAAAAGAGUUGGGAGCUAGCUCUCCUCUGGCAUUCCAGCAACAGCUGAUCCAGAUGCAGCAGCAGCACUUUCUCAACCUGCACAGGCAGCAGAGUCUGGGGCUGCACAACCUGCAACAAGCUGUUAGUCCGGCUGACUUGCAGAAGCUGUGGAAGGAUGUGGUCUCUGUGCAGAGUGCCGAAGAUGUGGUGAAGCACGAAGGCCUGGACCUGACCGCCAACAGCUCCAACUCUACCUCAUACUCCUCCAAGGCCUCCCUGCACGCAUCCCAUCAUGCAUUGCCAAAUGGACACAGUGCUGUACACACCCAUAAGAGAGAUAGCCCUCCCCAUGAGGAGCAGACUGGAUCAAGCCCUCUGUACGGACAUGGCGAGUGCAGAUGGCCCGGGUGUGAAGCUCUCUGUGAAGAUCUGGGACAGUUCAUCAAGCAUCUGAACAGAGACCACGUCCUGGAUGACCGCAGCACGGCUCAGUGUCGGGUGCAGAUGCAGGUCGUGCAGCAGCUGGAGAUCCAGCUGUCUAAGGAGAGUGAGCGUCUGCAGGCCAUGAUGGCGCACCUGCACAUGCGCCCAUCGGAACCAAAGCAUUUUAAACAGCCCGUGAAUAUGGGCACCAGUGCCUCCUUGUUGAAGCGGGACAGCCAGAUGAUUCCAGAGGGAUUGCCCCACCCACCCACCUCAGCGGCCACGCCCAUCACCCCGCUGCGCCAAGGGCCGUCCGUCAUCAGCUCCACUGGCCUACAGGGCAUGGGCCCCGUUCGCCGUCGCAGCAACGACAAGCUGUGCACCCCCAUAGCCUCAGAGCUGGCUCAGAAUUGGGAAUUCUACAAAAACGCUGAUGUCAGACCCCCCUUCACGUACGCUUCGCUUAUUCGACACGCUAUACUGGAGGCGCCGGAUCGGCAGUUGACCCUGAACGAGAUCUACAUCUGGUUCACAAAGAUGUUUGCGUACUUCAGAAGGAACACGGCCACGUGGAAGAAUGCCGUUCGCCAUAACCUGAGUCUGCACAAGUGCUUCGUGAGGGUGGAGAACGUGAAGGGAGCCGUGUGGACCGUGGACGAGACCGAGUACCAGAAACGGAGACCGCCAAAGAUGUCCGGAAGCCCACUGGUGAAGAACGUGAUGUCUGGACUAAGUUUUGGGUCGCCCAGUGCCAGUUACAAGGCUGCCCUGAUGGAGAAUAGCCUUUCCCUCCUGCACAGCCCUACCCUGCUGCAGGCCUCGUCCCAGCCUGCCCUCAGCGCGCUGUACAUGGGGCAAGAUGAUGUCACCAGUACUGUGGAGCAGCUCCAUAGUAACGGCAGCAGCUGUAGCACUAGCCCCUCCCCCCAGCCUCUUGGGUGGCAGGGUGCAGUGAAGGAAGAUGCCACUGAGAUCAUGGAGGGGAUGAGGCCUGCGUCGCUCACGGCAACCGUUUCUCAGAACCUGCUGUUGCCUGGAGAUGAGGAAGAGCAAGAGGACGAGCCUCUGACGGAGGAGGCAGAUUAGAGACAAGGGGGCCAGGGAGAAUUUUCUGUGGAACACCCUGUUUCCUCUCAGCAUAAAGGAAGGUAACAAAAACCAAGAAACACGCAAAAAAAAAAAAUAAAGACAAAAACCAAAAUCAAAAAAACUGACCCAGAAACAAGCGAAGCCCUCACUCCUUUUUAUGCCAAACUGUCAAAGCGCAGUUACGCUCGCAACACUCCAGAAUACCGAUGCAACGUCCUUUCGUUUUAGAGAGAACCGCUUUUGUGUACAUGAAAGGUAUACCAGUGUGAGGGAUUCCCAAGGUUUAUCUGAUGAUGUUAACCAGUCACCUGGGAAGACCGCACCCUAUGGAUCCUAACGGACGGACCCUUGUCCAUGUGCGCGCGUCGCCCUCUCGCCCGGGAAGCCUCUGAGAUGUUUUGUUCAGAAGUGUUUGCUGGUCGUGCCGGUGUGAAGAUGCGCUGGGAAACGUGUGCAUUUUGGAAACCCUUCUCCGAGUCAUCUUUCCCACAGACACGGUUUUUUGCGUUGGGGCCGAAAGGGAGCGUCAGGAAGGACUUUUUCGGAAUUACCUCAAAAAUGUGCUCAAGUAAGAAACAGAGGAACAUUGGAAAACAAGAAGAAAAAGUGUUAUUCCUGGCAUUUAUAUGAAUUUAUACUUUUUUUUUUCUUAUUGGGAAGAAGUGCGAGCUGUAAAAAUGCAGGGAGGCUAAAAUGAACAAAGGAUCCCUGAGACAGCACCAAGACAGUCUUCAGGAGUUCCUCUUCUUUUUAAAUUUUGGGUUUGGUCCUCUUUCCCUUUUCUGGAUCUGGUGAACAGGAUGGUCUAAUUUUUAUAUUCCUGGAUUGGGAAACGGCUCACUUUUGGAGAUUAACAAACCUUAAAGGCUUUUUUUAUCUGCUGCAAAAACUCAUCUGAUUGGACAGUAUCUUGCUCCUGCCAGAAUUCAAAUCAUUAUCCAUUUCAUGGAAUCUGUUUUUGUUUCAUUAACAGACCUGAGAAUGAAAUUUUUUUGCAGUUCAUCUUCAUCCAAAGCAUGACAUAACUGAAGAAUUUUUCUUGUCUUAGUUCAGGCUCUGUCCAUUAGAGCCAAUGCCAAGUUUUCACUGAAGCAACCACUGUGGGCGAUCACCAAACUGUGCUUUUAAAUUGAAUUUUCAUUUUUUCUUCAUUUGUUAGUAUUUUUUUUUUUCCUUCUAGGUUGAGCAUGGAUGAGCUUAGCUGCGGCACGAAGUGUCACCACCAAUUUUCUUUUUAAAACCAUUUAGGUUUAUGCCAACUGCUUUUUCUCAGCCAUUCCAGACUUUGGUGAUUGCAGUUUUGUUUUAUUUAAUUUUUAUUUAACCAGGAAAUCCCCGUAAAAUAUAGAAUCUCUGUUACACAUGAGACUUGGUCAAGAGUGCAGCACAAUAAAUAGAUGCCAAAAUGAUACGCUAACACAGCAAUGAUGCAAAGGAGAGAAACGGUAGUGGUAGGGUGCUGCUGUAAUUUCAGCCUGUGGUCUGUGAUCUCUAAGCUUGGCCACUGCGACCAGCUAAAGGUGAUCACUUCUGCCAACUGCAGACCUCGCAGUGAUACCCCAGCUUUUUAUUAUUCUUCUAUUUUUGUAUUUGUUUUUUUUAACAUCAGCUGUGAUUCAAAGAAGCAUCCUUGAAGCUUUAAGGACAUCGCUGUGGUCCACUCCACACAGACUAGCUGGAGUUUUGUUAAGUGUAUGGAAAUUAAAGGGGAUUUUUGUGGGAUUUUGUUUGUGGGUUAACCGAUACGCCAAGUCUUUCUUACCGUAUCAAAUCAGAGGCGGUGUACCAUGUACCGCUGGUGAAGUCGUUUGUAAUUCACCAUAUGCGAGUUGUACAGUGUACAACACACACAUGGUCUAGAUUUCUUUACACAGUAUGCGUAAAGCAUACCUUUCUUUCUGCAGUGUCAUACCAAAUUACAUUUUUUUUUUUUCUCAUUUUAGAUUUUCCAGUUUUAAAAGGUUAAAAGUUACCAAAGAAACACAAGGUAAACCAAAAGCCUUUGGUUUUGUCCAAUUUUCUCUAAAAGUGGAAAACUGUUAAAAUGAUCACAUUUUUUGUUGCUGUUUUGUUAUUGUUUUUAUAUAUAUACUGUAUUAUGAUUUACUUUUCCAUUGCAUACAGUAUAGAUCAUUCCAAAGUAUAUAAAAUGCAGAAGAGAAUAUUUAUGGUUGCCAAAAUACUGGUUGUUUAGAUUGAGAGUAAUGCAAAACAAGCAGGGUAACAGGGCCAAGCAGGUAGUCAGUAUUAAAACCUUCAGCUCCUGAAAAUGACAGAAAGCACUUAAAUCUAGGCGUGACAUCUGAGGUCUACAGCCUUGUCCUCCAAAAUAGGUUUUUUAUUUUUAUUUUAUUUUAUUUUUUACCCUUUCAAAGCACUUGAGAACAUGACAGAAAAACUUCUGCGCAGAAAACUAGAAUGAUUGGCUGAAAUGAGUUGCUGAAAGCGUUCGAGAGCUCCGCCCAAUUUCAUGAACCCUCAUUCUCCCAUCGGUGACCGCAGAUGUUUGGUGACGGGGAGGUUUUUACUUUGAAUGUCUAUCUAAGAUUCACCUUGAGGAAUCAUCUUAUAAUAAUUCAGUGCUAAAAAGAUAAUCAAUGUUUUGUACUUCUGUGAGUUUAAAGCAGAUUGUUUCUUACUACGUGACGAAACUGAGAAAUGGUGAGAUGUUAAUCGUAGGCCUAAAUGUCAUAGCUUUAGAACUUUGGAUAGCCAAAAUAUGCUGGAAAUGGAUGACGACCUAAACAUCGACAUAAAUCGUGGCAAACAGCUCAGAGAAAAAUAAAAACUUCAAUUUUCAAGUCAUAAUACAUAAUACAACUCACUUUUGCAUUAGGCCUGUAGUGAGCCAGAUGCUCUCACACCACUUGAAUCUCAGAUCAUUUCUAUGCUCACAAUAAACACACACUGCAAAAAAGACUACCUCUGAAUAUGACCAAGCGCUGUAAA